AUGUCCACUGAAGGUUCUCAAGUUUUGUCUCAGGGGACGGGUUAUGGUGUAGUUCUCGGAAUCGGCCUAGUUUUUGCCGUCAUAAUGAUGGGGCUUUCGACUUUACAAAACCGAUACACAAGCUACAAGAUAGCCACAUCUGAAGAGUUCAACACUGCUUCUCGUUCCGUAAAACCUGGGCUCAUAUCUUCAGGCAUUGUGUCUGCAUGGACUUGGGCAGCUACUCUUUUACAAAGUUCGACGGUAACCUACGAGUAUGGCCUUUGCGGAGGCUACUAUUAUGCGGCAGGUGCUACUCUCCAGAUUUUCGUGAUGUCGAUUCUAUCCGUUCGCGUCAAGAUGAUCGCACCGUACUGUCACACAUACCUCGAGAUCGUGCACGCUCGCUAUGGUAACGCAGCGCACUUCAUAUUCGCGACGUUUGCGUUGGUCACAAAUUUGAUCGUGUCGAGUAUGCUUUUGUUGGGAGGUAGUGCAGUGGUGAACGCUUUCACCGGGAUGAACAUAUACGCAGCGAACUUCCUCAUACCACUCGGUGUUGUCAUUUAUGUCAUCCUGGGUGGUCUGCGUGCAACGUUCCUUUGCGACUACUCUCACACUCUCAUUCUCAUGAUCGUCAUCCUGUAUUUCUUCUUCUACACCUACGUCGAAGCCGACCUUAUUGGUGGUCUCGAGGGUAUGUAUCGUCUCCUUCAGCAAGCCAGCAUAGAUCGCCCUGUCAAUGGCAAUCAAGAUGGGUCGUACUUGACUUUGAAAUCAAACAACGGAUUGGUGUUCAUGAUAAUUCAAAUGAGCGGUUCGUUUGGCACGGUUAUUUUGGACCAGGGUUAUUGGCAACGAGCAAUUGCCUCGAAAGCCAAUACAGCUGUUCGAGCUUAUUUGUUGGGUGGUAUUGCUUGGUUCGCCGUUCCACUUACGUUCUCCACCGUUAUGGGUCUUGCAGCAGUCGCCUUAGCCAAUAAUUCGAAAUUUCCAUAUCCAGGUGGUCUCACAACGGCUCAAACCGAUGCUGGUCUUGCGGCACCGGCUGGGGUGGUGACUCUUCUAGUAGCGGAGGCGCCGCAGCAAUGGUACCGGACUAAUUCUUCUUUCAUGGCGGUCACGUCUGCAGCGUCAUCCGAGAUGAUAGCCACGUCCUCGAUCUUGACUUUCGAUAUUUAUCAGAUCCAUUUUAGACCAGAUGCUUCUCCCGAAGCUCUUAUCCGCAUUUCACAUAUCAUGGUUGGUGUAUGGGCUAUCAUCAUGUCCUGCGUGGCUUGCCUCUGGAAUGGCAUCGGGAUCUCAUUGAACUGGCUUUACCUUUUCUCUGGUACACUCUUCACGGGCGCCGUUGGACCCAUCAUCCUCACUGUAGUAUGGCGCAAGCAAACUCGUGCUGCAGCUAUCAGUGGUGCCUUGGGCGGUCUCUGUGUUGGUAUCAUUGGUUGGCUGGUAGUUGCGAAGACUUAUUACGGAGAGCUAACCAUAGCGAGCACGGGUGCCUUGUAUCCCAACUUGGCGGGAAAUAUGGGAGCAUUUUGUUCAGGCACUCUUAUUUCUGUCGUCGUUACGCUCAUCAAACCCGACAACGACUUUGACUGGUCAGAGACUAAGAGAAUCAAUCCCCGGGGUCGAGAUCUUGAUAAACGCGCAAAUUCGUCAGGAGUUGCAGACGCUCCUCCAACCCCUACAGGCGCAGAGAAACAAAAGGCCGAGUUUACUACCGAGGAGUCUUCUGUGAAGGAGAAUGACUUACUCAGCGAGCAACCCGAAGACUACGAGAUGCUAAAGAAGUCUUUGAAAAUCGCUACCUGGGCUGCGUUGAUCAUGAGCUUUAUCAUCGUUUUCUUAAUUCCAAUCCCAAUGUUCCUUUCCCAUUACAUUUUUUCGCUAAAAUUCUUCAAAGGCUGGGUUAUCGUCUGUGUUAUCUGGUUGUUUAUCUCAGCACUCAUCACAUCGGUCCUGCCGCUGUGGGAAAGUCGCAAGGCUAUAUCGGAUAUCAGUCGGGGGAUGAUUAGAGAUACUUUCGGCGGUGGUCUACGCAAGCAAAAGGCAGCGUCUGAUGCUUGA